AUGACGACAACACUACCGUUGAGGCGUUCUAAACGCAAACAGAACGAGCAAGCACAAGCUGCUGCGCUGAUCCCGAACACCAGGGACACUGCGCCACCACCCCGGAAGCGCGCCCGUAAAGCCAAUAUUCCCCUCAAUACGGAACCUUGUAUCCCGGAGAAUGAGCAUGCAAAACCCGUACGGCCACAGCAAUACGACACCCUGCCUCCCUUCCUUGCGCUUCCCCGAGAACUACGAGAUGAGAUCUACAAGCACGUUCUGGAACAAGACGAAUCAUCGACGCUCAAAACUGGGCGCGGCAACAACAUCGUUACAAGGUGCGGCCUCGUAGGGGUCAACAACCAGAUCUCGGAAGAGUUCCUAGAUGCGGUCCUCUUCCACGCUCACGUCAUCACGGCUACCGUCCGCAAUCAUAACUUUGCGCAUGUCGUCACGUUCCUGAAUCGCUUGUCCCAGGCACAGCUAGCGAGGCUUAGCGCUCACGGACCUACUGCGGAUGAGGUAGACGACGACAGAAAACCAAAGCGCAAGAUCCGAAUCAUUCUUUCUUAUUCAGCAGGCGCAAAAGAUAGUCGCGUGCACCUCAAUCGCUGGCUGGACAGGUUUGACGCGCCAGACAAACGCGGCAAAGAGAUUGAGUUCGAGUAUCAUAAUGACGGGACGUAUCGAAAUGGUGGCUACAAGCAGAGACCCAGAAUACGCGGCAACGCAAGUCAAAGGUGGAAUGACGAAGCGGCCAAGAUUGGAAGAGGUGCUGCCAGGGGCAAAGCGUGGGGCGGAUGGGGUGGUUAUGGUGGAUACAGAAGUCGUCAUUAG